UCUUCAGAUUAGCCAGCAUCGUAGAAAUUUAGCUAGCAGCUAAACCAACAGCAGUUUAAUUAACGCUACCAAAUUAACAAGUGAGAGUGAUAACCUGUGGCCAUGGCAUCUGUUUUAGAUGCUCUCUGGGAAGACAGAGACGUUAGAUUCGACAUAACAGCGCAGCAGAUGAAAACUCGUCCAGGAGAGGUGUUGAUAGACUGUCUGGACUCCAUAGAAGACACGAAAGGAAACAACGGAGAUAGAGGACGACUGUUGGUAACAAAUCUGAGGAUCAUUUGGCAUUCUCUGGCCCUGCCAAGAGUCAAUUUGUCUGUGGGUUACAACUCAAUAAUUAACAUCACAACAAGGACAGCUAACUCAAAAUUGAGAGGUCAAACUGAAGCACUCUACAUCUUGACAAAGUCCAACAACACAAGAUUUGAGUUCAUUUUCACAAAUGUGGUUCCAGGAAGUCCACGGCUCUUUACUUCCGUCAUUGCUGUACACAGGGCCUAUGAGACAUCUAAAAUGUACAGGGACCUCAAACUGCGAGCUGCUCUCAUUCAAAAUAAGCAGCUGAGGCUUUUGCCCCGGGAACAAGUGUAUGAUAAAAUUAAUGGAGUGUGGAAUUUAUCCAGUGAUCAGGGCAAUCUUGGGACUUUCUUUAUCACAAAUGUUCGGAUUGUGUGGCAUGCCAAUAUGAAUGAGAGCUUCAAUGUCAGCAUUCCUUACCUCCAGAUUUGGUCUAUCAGAAUAAGAGACUCAAAGUUUGGCUUGGCUUUGGUGAUAGAGAGUUCACGUCAGAGUGGUGGCUAUGUGCUUGGAUUUAAAAUUGACCCUGUGGAUAAGCUUCAGGACGCACUUAAGGAAAUCAACUCAUUGCAUAAGGUGUACUCUGCAAACCCCAUCUUUGGAGUGGACUAUGAAAUGGAAGAAAAGCCCCAGCCACUGGAAGAACUCACAGUGGAACAACCUCCUGAUGAUGUGGAAAUUGAGCCCGAUGAGCAGACUGAUGCUUUCACCGCCUACUUUGCUGAUGGCAAUAAGCAACAAGACCGUGAGCCAGUGUUCUCUGAGGAGCUGGGCCUCGCCAUUGAGAAGCUAAAGGAUGGCUUCACGCUUAAUGGACUGUGGGAAGUCAUGGGCUGAAGUAAUGUACAUUUACAUAGUGUAAUUAUCCAGGAAAUAAUUUAUGUAUUUAUAGCUCAGGUUAAAAGUUGUACAGCUUCCGCAUACAUACUUUUCAUAAUAAGAAAACACUAUAUUGCAUGUGUGACAGAUUAAUUGUGGGAUAAUUUAUACGUAAAGUAUAUUUUCUUCUAGUGAAUAGAAUGUGAAAUAUAAUUCAGUUUGUAUUGUUAAAAGUUAAUAAAUAAAUGUAUUUAAAUAGAUAUUGGAGAGCAUAUUUUUUAAACAAUUUCAAUGUGUAGGUAUCUCAUACAUACAUUGUAAUUCAUUUGCAUGGGGAAAGAACCCAAUGAUCUAAGGCUAAAUAAAAAAUUUUAAAAAACUGUACAAGGUGCUAAAGUAUGUUAAAAAUGUUAAAAGAGGACAAACGGUCACCUCUUGUGGCAGCAGCUGUUCACUUACCCUGUCUGGUGGUUAGGUAAUUCCCCUUUGGAUGUACUCACACAAAUACUGAAUCACACACUGUAGGGAAAUAGUCAUUACUAUCAGUGAAUUAUGACUCACUCCACACAUAGAUGUUACUAGAAUAUACACCAUCGUAGUACUGUUACCACAUACAGCAGAGCAAAUGGUCCUGCUAUUGUGGUAAGUGUUUUGUGUUUUCAUUAUGUACUUUGCUGCAUUUCUUGUAAGAAUGUAUUUUCACUGUAUUAGAUAGACAGGAGUAAAUAAAAUGAAAAGA